CCGCCAUUGCCUCGUGCCCGCGCCGGUCGGUUGGUGGCGCCUUUGUCCUACGGCGGGCAGGUGGGCUGAGGCGGAGGCAGCAGCGGCGGGCCUGAGGCGAAGGAGCGGCCGGGAGCCCGCCGCGCUGGUAGCGGUUCCAUCAGCAUUUCAUCUGGGAGUCCUCGGAGGAUGUUCUUGAAGGGAAACCAUAUCUGUCCAUUCCCUGUUGGAGGCAGCGUAGCAUAAUGUUUAUGGACUUGAGUCUGACUCCCAGCUCUGCCCCCUGCUAAUCAUGUGUCUUCAGAUAAGUCAGUUCCCCUAAACCUCAAAUGUCCUCCUUUGCAAAAAUGUUAAUCGUGAUAGUAUGUCACUCUGAGUGUUGUAAAAGGAUUGAAUGAAAUAGUGUGUAUAAUAUUCUCAGUACAGGCCUGGAUUUAUUUAUCUACUUAAAACAUAAGUAACAGAGAGAGGGAGAGAGAAAAGUCUUCGGUCUGCUGGUUCACUCCCCAGAUGGCUAAAACAGCCAGGGCUGUGCUAGGCUGAAGCUGGAAACCAGGAGCCUCAUCUGGGUCUCCCAUGUGGGUGGCAGAGGUCCAAGCACUUGGGCCAUAUUCCACUGCUUUUCCCAGGCCAUUAGGAGGGAGCUGGAUCAGAAGUGAAGCAGUGGGGACUUGAACUGGUGCCCAUAUGGAAUGCCAGCGUCACAGGCGGCAGCUUUACCAACUACACCACAGCGCCGGCCCUGGGAGUGUUAUUCUAAUGGAGUUUAAAGAUAUAAUACAUUCAGUUAGAGAAUGAAGGAAACAAUCAAAUAUGAGGGAAUAUGCAGUAAGUUUAAAGGGUUUAUUUAGAAGCACAGCAAGCUCUCUCCUUCAGUACAAUAUCUCUGAUGUUACAAAGUAUCAUCAAAAUCAUCUUCAUAAAUACAGUGCAUAAUAGAAAUUUCCGGUUUAAAAUGGAAUUGAAGAUCAUUCUCACUUGAACAGGAACUCAGAAACUCAAAAGUUGGCAACAUAGCAGGAUAUUAAUAAGGCAGCGGAAAGAAGAAAUAUGAAUACGGCUCCAUCAAGACCCAGCCCCACACGAAGGGAUCCAUAUGGUUUUGGAGACAGUCGAGAUACAAGGCGUGACCGAUCUCCCAUUCGGGGAAGUCCAAGAAGAGAGCCGAGGGAUGGCAGAAAUGGCCGAGAUGCCCGGGACAGCAGAGACAUCCGAGACCCCCGAGACCUGCGGGACCACAGAGACAGCAGAGACCUGCGGGAUCACAGAGACAGCAGGAGUAUGCGUGACGCUCGGGACAUGAGGGAGCUCAGAGACUUUCGGGAUUUAAGAGACUCGAGGGAUUUUCGAGAUCACCGGGACCCCAUGUAUGACAGAUACAGAGACCUGAGAGACUCGCGAGAGCCUAUGUACAGGAGAGAAGGCUCUUACGACAGAUACCUGCGAAUGGAUGACUAUUGCAGGAGAAAAGAGGACUCUUACUUUGACCGUUACAGAGACAGCUUUGAUGGGCGAGGUCCCCCGGGUCCAGAAAGUCAGUCUCGUGCGAAAGAGCGUCUGAAACGUGAGGAACGGCGGAGAGAGGAGCUCUAUCGUCAGUAUUUUGAGGAAAUCCAGAGACGCUUUGAUGCCGAGAGGCCUGUGGAUUGCUCUGUGAUUGUGGUCAACAAGCAGACUAAAGACUAUGCUGAAUCUGUGGGGCGGAAGGUCCGAGACCUGGGCAUGGUGGUGGACUUGAUCUUCCUCAACACUGAAGUGUCGCUGUCACAAGCCCUGGAGGAUGUUAGCAGAGGAGGCUCUCCUUUUGCUAUCGUCAUUACCCAGCAGCACCAGAUUCACCGUUCUUGUACAGUCAAUAUCAUGUUUGGAACUCCACAAGAGCAUCGCAACAUGCCGCAGGCUGACGCCAUGGUGCUGGUGGCCAGGAACUACGAGCGCUACAAGAAUGAGUGCCGGGAGAAGGAGCGUGAGGAGAUUGCCAGGCAGGCAGCCAAGAUGGCCGAUGACGCCAUCCUGCAGGAGAGAGAGCGAGGAGGCCCGGAAGAGGGCGUGCGCGGGGGGCACCCCCCGGCCAUCCAGAGCCUCAUCAACCUGCUGGCGGACAACAGGUACCUCACGGCCGAGGAGACGGACAAGAUCAUCAACUACCUGCGGGAGCGCAAGGAGAGACUGCUGAGGAGCAGCGCCGACGCUCUGCCCGGCCCGAUUUCCCGCCAGCCACUUGGGGCGACCUCGGGUGCCUCGCUGAAGACACAGCCAAGCUCCCAGCCGCUCCAGGGCGGCCAAGUGCUGCCCUCUGCUACGCCUGCUCCAGCUGCACCCUCCACCUCCCAGCAAGAGCUUCAGGCCAAGAUCCUCAGCCUCUUCAACAGUGGCACAGUUGCGGCCAACAGCAGCUCUGCUUCCCCCUCGGUUGCUGCAGGAAGCGCCCAGAACCAGAGUUUUCCCACAGCAGCGAACAGCCAGCCUCCACAGAGACCACAGGCCUCUGGCAGUCAGCCCCCAAACAUGUUGGGACAGGCAGGAUCUGCUCGGAACAUGGGCCCCAGGCCUGGGGCUCCCUCCCAAGGGCUCUUUGGUCAGCCUUCCAGUCGCCUGGCACCUACUAGCAACAUGGCUAGCCAGAGGCCUGUGUCUUCCACAGGUAUCAACUUUGACAAUCCAAGUGUACAGAAGGCUCUGGACACCCUGAUCCAGAGUGGCCCUGCUCUCUCCCACCUGGUUAGCCAGACCACGGCACAGGUGGGACGGCCCCAGGCCCCCAUGGGCUCUUACCAGAGGCAUUACUGACGUCCCAGGGGCCCCUGGCCUCCUCCCAGCUACUGCGUUCUAAAUAGAGCUGCUUGGAGGACGUCCUUCACAUUCUCCAGGUCUCCAUCCACUGUCAUGAGUUUCUGCCACCUGCUCUCUUCUGCCCAAAGCUGUAUUACUUAUUCCCUACAGAGUCGAAGUUUGUACUACACCUGGGGGUGUAUCUUCCCUGUUCUGUUUUUUGUUUUUAUAUAGAAGAUAACUAUCUCUGGGGUUACGGGGCAGUACAGGCGUCUGGGCUCCGCGUAUACUUGAGGGAGCGUCUCUGGCCCUCUCUGCUGGAUUUGGGGGUGGAAAGGCAGGAGGAGCAGCCCCAGCCAGCAGCGUUGGGGACGGCAUUGGCCAUGGUGGUGGCCGCCACCGUUGUUCAUUUUGAACUCACCAAGGCUUUCCACGCACCUCAGGAGCUCGAGCUCCCCUGGGGUUGCAGAGAAGCACUGCACGUGGAGGCUCCGUGUCCUCGUGCCCUCCCCCCACGUGGGGUCUGCCUUGGGAUUCCUGGUCAGCCGCUCUGCGGUGCGGGAUCCUGGCCGAGGCAGCUACAAAGGAAGAAAGUUCCUGCCCUAGGCAGGGUGGUGGUUUUUGGUUUUUGGCUUUUUCCCCCAUUUUGCGGGAGGAUCUCCAGUGGACUGAACAGCUCCAGUCACCAGCAGUUUGACGCAGACUGUGACUCUGGGCGCCCGUGCUUCCCUCACAGUCUGCCUGCGCCCUCUGAGGGGCAGCUCUCGGCCCUGGCCGUGGACUCCCCGCCUCUCGCUGAUGGGUGUGAGCGUUGGACUCCAAGACCCGGGCUCUCUCUCCAGACUCGGGUUCUGGUUUCUGAGCAGCGGGAGGUGGGAGCAUUGUGUGCACACGUACUGCAUAGGUGCCGUGCCUCGCUGUGGCGUGGGGCAAAACUGCAGGGAGGGCUUCUGGCGCUGCCCUGAGUGAGCCAGAGGGGAGCUGCCCUCUCCCUAGGGACUGUGGGCAGUGGCGCCCUGUGGGGCAGCCUCAGGGGCCCUGGCAGGGGUGAGGGAGCCGCUGUAGCUUUGGCGGAGCUCCUGCCAGUGACCAAGAAAUGGUUUCAAAACUCAAGGUCCCCCAGAUGGCAGCAUUUCAUGUUCUGACCUGUUUAUGUUACAUAGUGAAUUUUUUUUCCUCUUUAAAACCCUUGUGUUAAUAAGAUGAAAUGAUUACUUUUUAAUUAAAAUGAAAAAGUCAAA